GCCAGCGCUCCGCCGCGGCUUUCGGACUCGGACCAUGGCCUCGUGCCGGUGGCCCUGGCGACGCUGCAGCUCCUGGAGGCCGGCGGCCCGGAACCCCCGGCCCGGCUCCCCCAGCCGCGCGGGGCCGCCCGGGCCGCCCUCGGCUGCAGACGCCGGCACUCAGAUGUCCUAUUUUAAUCUUGUGAAGAGUUUAACAUCUGCUUUUCCAAAUAGGUACAGUAUGUCACGGUUCCAUCACACGACAUCGGCAGCGUGCUGCUGUAGCAAAACACGGAGUGGGGAGAAAUACACCGAUCCUUUCAAACUCGGUUGGAGAGACUUGAACGGUCUGUAUGAGGACAUUAGGAAGGAACUACUCAUAUCUACAGCCGAACUUAAGGAAAUGUCUGAAUACUACUUUGAUGGAAAAGGAAAAGCCUUUCGACCAAUUAUUGUGGUGCUAAUGGCCCGGGCGUGUAAUAUUCAUCAUAAUAAUUCCCGAGAUGUGCAAGCAAGCCAGCGCUCCAUAGCCUUAAUUGCAGAAAUGAUCCACACUGCUAGUCUGGUACACGAUGAUGUCAUUGACGACGCAAGUUCUCGGCGAGGAAAACACACGGUUAAUAAGAUCUGGGGUGAAAAGAAGGCUGUUCUUGCUGGUGAUUUAAUUCUUUCUGCGGCAUCUAUAGCUCUGGCACGAAUUGGAAAUACAGCUGUGAUAUCUAUUUUAACCCAAGUUAUUGAAGAUUUGGUGCGUGGUGAAUUUCUACAGCUGGGGUCAAAAGAAAACGAGAACGAAAGAUUUGCACACUACCUUGAGAAGACCUUCAAGAAGACCGCCAGUCUAAUAGCCAACAGUUGUAAAGCAGUCUCUGUCCUAGGAUGCCCGGACCCAGUGGUGCAUGAGAUUGCCUAUCAAUAUGGGAAAAAUGUGGGCAUCGCCUUUCAGCUGAUAGAUGAUGUGUUGGACUUCACCUCAUGUUCUGACGAGAUGGGCAAACCAACAUCAGCGGACCUGAAGCUUGGGUUAGCCACUGGCCCCGUCUUAUUCGCUUGCCAACAGUUGAGGACUCGUGAGCCAUGCCCGAGGCUAGAAAGAUCCAUCACUGCCAGCCAACUGCAAACAGUAAGCGGUCUGUCUGCUCCUGAGAACCUGGCUAGCAAAUGUGAGUGAAGAUUCCCGGAGUGAAGCCCUGAGGUUAUCAGGAUGACUAAGGAACAGAUCUUUUCCGAAAGAAGCUUGCAGUCUACCAAAAAGCUUUGCGUGUCGUACUUUUAGAAAUCUUAAUAACAGUUACAAAUAAUCGUCAGGAGCUCCCGUGACGCUGACAGCUGAGUCUGUACGUGUCUGUAGGAUGAUUAAGAAUGGAUGCCUCUUCUGAUUGUUUCACCGUGAACAUAUUUCAGAAUAAAUGAAUUUGCUUUCUUCUACACAAAGGAGUAAUGAAUAAUUCUCCCUUCAGAUAUAGUGGGUCAAAGAGGGAAAAUGGAUCACUCCUACAUAUUAAUUAGUCACACAUAAGAGAUUAAAAAUGCUGGUUUAAAAAAAAAAGGCAAGGAAAAGGAACACACAAAAGCUCACAGCGUCCCAAACCACAGUGCUACGGUGUCUCACUGGGAAAUGCAGUGUCACGAGGCACCCACUCACCCUCACCAGACAGCACUGUUCCCAUCUGCCCGUAAGGCAGUAGGAAAAGGACUGAACAAUUGCGCACGGCAGCCUUAGAAAAGGGAACACGCAGAGGCCAAGCAGGAAGUGACUCCGGACUUGUUUCCUAAGUUGACCGGCUGUUGUGUCCUGUGGGCACAGGCAAAAGCUACUCAAAAAAGUUAAAGUUGUUCUCAAAGAAAACAUCAAGUGUAGGCUCUCCCGUGGAUUACACUUUCAAAAAAGGGGAUUCUUGGCCAGAAAUGUGUGAAAACGUUAAUGGGGCCAAAAGUGAUUUUGAGUAAAACGAAUUCCAAAAUAACAGACUGUGCAGUAUCUCCAUUUAAUGAAAGCGCAUUGUUUUCAUGCUUUGCAAAGGAUCUUGCGUACGUUAUCUCUAAUCUCACAACUCCUCUUUGUGGUAGGUAUUAUGCCCUCUCUACAAAUAAGGUGAUGCGCAGACCUGGCCAGAAUUAAACAUCUGGUAAAUGGCACAGCAGACAAUUAAACACCAACUCCUCUAAGACCAGUAUUCCUCUCACUCCACAAUGUCCUAUUCUGGCCAGCGCUGGUGUUGAUGGGAGCUUGUCUGACCCCCGGGGGGCUUCCCGCAGAGCAGGUAACCUGUGUGCUCCGGGACUGGCGGCUGGCGCUCUGGGAGAGCCUCUGCAUCGGCUCUCAGGAUUUGUCAUUAACCUCCCCAUUUCGUGGAGUCCUUGUAAGAUGUUUGUAAUCUUUUUCUAUAGGUGGGUGAGUUUUGUUUGCCAGUUACUAAAUAAGCCUUUCAAUUUUUCCAUCUGUGAACACUGAGUCUCGACCACAACGAGCCACUUUGGGAAACCAUUUUUCCUUUUUGACACAGUUGUUGUCUUGAAAUAGGAAUUUGUUCCUAUCCCAGCAACUUAAUAGAAACUCCCUCUCUUUGGAAUUCACUAUUUUUGACAUCUCUCUAAAGAGGCUUCUGGGUAACAGUUGGUACAGGGGAUUUAAGAAGAAUUUCGGGAUUUCUGGAGAGGUCCCAGUGAUGAUGGUGUCGCUUCAUCUAUAUGCGUAUACAUACUUACUGUAAGAACAAAAACGUCAUGGUAAAUCUUUAAAAAGAGUAUGUAAGUUGGAUCUUGAGCUCUUCAGAAACAAAAGUGUUUUUUGGGUUCUUUUUUUGUGUGAGAUUACAUUAGUUCUCAAUCCUUUAAAAGAUCUUUUCCUUUCUUCUGCUUCUCUUAUUUGUAAGUCACCAGCCCUAAAUGUCAGCCUUAGCCGCACUCCCAGCUGCCGUCAGCAGCCCCAGCCCCUGCACCAGCUGUACAAGCUUCUGUUACUGUGACUGGCUAGUCCCCUAGUUACCCAGGUGUUGUUUCCGUAAGCUCACUACAGUUAUUGAUCACCUUUGUAGUUUAGCUUAUGGAUGCAUUUCACAGUUAGAAUACGAUUUGUCCUACUUUUUUUUUCUAAAGAUUUAUUUAUUUUAGAGAAAGAGAGGGGGUGGCAGAGACAGACCCCUCGAGCAGACUCUGCUGAGCAUGGAGCCUGACUUGGGACUCGAUCCCGUGGACCCUGAGAUCAUGACCUGAGCCAAAACCAAGAGUCGGACUCCCAACCAACUGAGCCACCCAGGUGCCCCUGACUCGUCCUACUCUUAAAAGGUCACCCUACCCUCAAAUUAAAACAGCCUGGACAAACAGAAUUUUCUUAACUUCUCAAGAAAUCUGCAAGCAGGCAACUGUUGUUCCCAUUACGCUUCUCAUUUCUUCUCCACAUCACAGUAAGGGGACAGGCGAAUGCCUAGGGGAAGAGUCUGGUAUUUGCAUAUUAAAAUUGCACAUACUACAUGUUUAAAGGAAGGAUGUAGUCACAGUCAUUGCAAAUAUUUUCUUCCAACUUUGCUUUCUCGAUGCUUUUUAUAGUCAAAGUAGUCCACACACACAGCACAUUUUACCACCCUUGUUGGUACUGAGAAAAAGCUCAUGUACCAUAAACAAGGUCAUUUUACUAGAUGCCCAGGACAGUAUCCUGUCAGUUCUGAGGAUAUGGCCUGCCAGAAGUCCAAUUUUGGAACGCCGUGUUAAGACAGAUGCUUACUUGAUUUGGCUUUUUUACCACUAAAAUUGAUUUGAGCUUCCUGAUGUAUUUCCUAUAAAGUUUAAAUUGUUCUAUUCUUAAAAAGCCAGUAACUAAAACAAAUUACCGGUUUUCAUUUAAGAACUAACCAUUUGCUGGCCUUUACAUUUUUAUAAGCAUGUGAGUAGCCUCGACAUGUUGAGACCUUUGUUCUGACACAUACUUUGCUCUGAGAGGAACAUUCUUAAUUCUUCAUCUGUCAUCAUCCGGUUGAGGUUUUUCUAUGU